CGAAAGAAUGGAGGGAAGAGAAGAGGAGCAGGAAAAGCGCGACGAUUCCAGAUUCAAUCAAACACUCGAGAACAACGUCCAAGGGUUUCUUAAAGGAAGGAGUGUUCCUGGCAAAGCAUUGCUCACCAGGAGUCCCGAUCCUCCAACAUCAUACCACCGGAGCUUCUCCGAGAACGACGCCGGGAGAAAUGAUCACUUGGAGAAUCCCCUCGAGGUGGAAGAUCACAGCUCGAGCCAGAAACAUGAUAAUACGUAUGCAGGGAAGCUGCGAUCAAGCUCCAGUGGUAAAAUGAUGGUGCAACAAGUCCAGAACGUGAAUAUAGGUGUUAGGUCAAGCGAUUACGGUAGAGUUAUGAAGUUCAACAAAGUCCUCUCCGAUACUACUGUCAUUUUAGAGAAACUGCUAGAGCUAGCGUGGAAUGGUGUGCCUCACUAUAUGCGCCCUGAUGUCUGGCGUCUUCUCUUGGGAUAUGCACCACCUAAUUCAGAUAGGAGGGAGGCUGUCUUGAGAAGAAAACGUCUUGAAUAUCUUGAGUCUGUUGGCCAAUUUUAUGACCUUCCAGAUUCCGAACGUUCUGAUGAUGAGAUCAACAUGCUCCGCCAGAUUGCUGUUGACUGUCCAAGAAGUGUACCAGACGUCAGUUUCUUUCAGCAAGCACAGGUGCAGAAGUCAUUGGAGCGUAUUCUUUACACGUGGGCCAUUAGGCAUCCAGCGAGUGGAUAUGUUCAGGGAAUAAAUGAUCUUGUCACUCCUUUUCUUGUUAUAUUCUUGUCAGAAUAUCUAGAAGGUGGUGUAGAGAGUUGGUCAAUGUCCGAUCUAUCUUUUGAAAGAAUAUCAGAUGUGGAAGCGGAUUGUUACUGGUGCUUGACAAAGCUACUUGACGGUAUGCAAGAUCAUUACACGUUUGCUCAACCUGGAAUCCAGAGACUUGUGUUCAAGCUCAAGGAAUUAGUCAGGCGUAUUGAUGAACCUGUUGCCAGACACAUGGAAGAGCAAGGACUAGAGUUUCUUCAGUUUGCUUUCCGUUGGUAUAACUGUCUUCUGAUACGUGAGAUCCCGUACAGUAUCAUCAACCGUCUAUGGGACACUUAUCUUGCUGAAGGAGAUGCAUUACCGGACUUCCUAGUGUACAUAUAUGCUAGCUUUCUCUUAACGUGGUCAGAUGAGCUGAAGAAGCUGGACUUUCAAGAGAUGGUGAUGUUCCUGCAACACCUUCCGACACAUACAUGGACAGACCAAGAGCUGGAGAUGGUUUUGUCAAGAGCAUUCAUGUGGCACAGUAUGUUUAACAGUUCCCCUAACCACUUGGCUAGCUGAGUGACUUUUUCCUCGAUUAUGAUAUGACUGUUCGUUCGUUCUUUGGUUAUAUUUUACUCCCAAAAUGAGCUUUGG